UCACAGCUGCGGCCCCGGCUCUUCCGCUGCUCCAGCUCUGGCUCUCCCUUGAACAGCUCCUGGAGAGAACAAGGCGUGCGGAGCUCGGAUCACCAGCAUCAUGCUCCUCGGGCUUGGAUCGCAGAUCCCCCUCUUUGAACACUGAAACAACUCCUUCGUCUUUCGGCGUCCCGAGCAGACCCAGCGAGAAAACAAGCACGUGAGAGAGAGAGGAAAGAAAGAGGAGGAAGACGAAAAUCUGCAACCAAGGGGACUAAAGCAAAGAAAAAAAGAGUGCUUUGCUUGCACAGCUGCAAAGUGGGAAUUUAAAGAGCUGCAGAGAGAGAGAUUCCAGCUCAUCAGCACAUACACAUUGCAGAAUUACAGAUCCAGGUAGAAAUGACAUCAACAGGGAAAGAAGGCAGCGGAGCUCAACAUGCACAAUAUGUUGGACCCUAUCGUUUGGAGAAAACCCUAGGAAAAGGACAGACAGGGCUUGUGAAGUUGGGGGUUCACUGUGUCACGUGUCAGAAGGUCGCGAUAAAAAUUGUCAACAGAGAGAAGCUCAGUGAGUCGGUGCUAAUGAAGGUGGAGCGGGAAAUAGCCAUCCUGAAGUUGAUAGAACAUCCCCAUGUUUUAAAGCUGCAUGAUGUUUACGAAAAUAAAAAAUAUUUGUAUUUGGUGCUAGAACAUGUGUCAGGUGGGGAGCUCUUCGACUAUCUCGUAAAAAAAGGAAGAUUGACACCAAAAGAAGCCAGGAAGUUCUUCCGACAAAUCAUCUCUGCUUUAGAUUUCUGCCAUAGUCAUUCAAUAUGCCACAGGGACUUAAAACCAGAAAACCUACUGCUGGAUGAAAAGAACAACAUCCGGAUAGCAGACUUCGGGAUGGCAUCGCUGCAGGUUGGGGACAGCUUGUUAGAAACCAGUUGUGGAUCACCACAUUAUGCUUGUCCUGAAGUCAUCCGGGGAGAAAAAUAUGAUGGAAGGAAAGCAGACGUCUGGAGCUGCGGAGUCAUUUUGUUUGCGUUGCUAGUGGGUGCCCUGCCUUUCGAUGAUGACAACUUGCGGCAACUGCUGGAGAAGGUGAAGCGUGGAGUGUUCCACAUGCCCCAUUUUAUCCCCCCCGAUUGUCAGAACCUUUUGCGGGGGAUGAUUGAAGUGGAUGCCUCGAAACGUCUCACGCUAGAACAUAUUCAGAAACACAUAUGGUAUAUAGGGGGUAAGAAUGAGCCAGAACCAGAGCAACCAAUCCCUCGAAAGGUGCAGAUUCGUUCUCUGCCUUCCUUGGAGGAUAUUGAUCCAGACGUGUUAGAUAGCAUGCACUCGUUAGGCUGCUUCCGUGACCGAAAUAAACUCUUACAGGACUUGUUGUCGGAAGAAGAAAACCAAGAAAAAAUGAUUUAUUUUCUUCUGCUUGACCGGAAGGAGAGGUAUCCUAGUCAUGAAGAUGAGGAUCUUCCCCCUAGAAAUGAAAUAGAUCCCCCCAGGAAGCGCGUGGACUCCCCAAUGCUGAACAGGCACGGGAAGCGGCGGCCCGAGAGGAAAUCCAUGGAGGUUCUCAGCGUGACAGAUGGUGGAUCCCCAGUUCCUGCUCGCAGAGCCAUCGAAAUGGCACAGCAUGGACAGAGUAAAACAAUGUUCAGUAAAAGCCUGGAUAUCUCUGAAGCCAAUCCCAAAUUCAACAAAGAAGAAAGGAUGGCGAGUGCUGAUCCAUUGGGGUCUCGGUCAAUCAGCGGAGCAUCGUCUGGGCUCUCCACCAGUCCUCUCAGCAGUCCAAGGGUCACCCCUCACCCCUCUCCAAGGGGAAGUCCCCUCCCUACCCCCAAGGGGACACCUGUUCAUACGCCAAAGGAGAGCCCAGCAGGCACACCCAACCCAACACCACCAUCCAGCCCCAGCAUUGGAGGAAUGCCUUGGAGGACACGGCUCAACUCCAUCAAGAAUAGUUUCCUGGGGUCUCCUCGCUUCCAUCGUCGGAAAUUACAAGUACCUACACCAGAAGAGAUGUCUAAUUUAACCCCAGAAUCAUCCCCAGAGCUUGCCAAAAAAUCCUGGUUCGGUAACUUCAUCAACUUGGAGAAAGAAGAACAGAUUUUUGUGGUCAUUAAGGACAAACCAUUAAGCUCCAUUAAGGCUGAUAUAGUCCACGCUUUCCUCUCGAUCCCAAGUCUCAGUCACAGUGUCAUCUCACAGACAAGUUUCCGUGCAGAAUAUAAGUCCACAGGAGGUCCUGCUGUCUUCCAGAAGCCAGUGAAGUUCCAGGUGGACAUAACAUAUACAGAAGGCGGAGAGGCGCAAAAGGAGAACGGGAUCUACUCUGUCACUUUCACACUCUUAUCAGGUCCAAGCCGUCGCUUUAAGAGGGUAGUAGAAACCAUUCAGGCACAGUUGUUAAGCACACAUGACCAGCCUUCAGUGCAGCAGUUAUCAGACACCACUAACUGUAUGGAGUUGAUGACUGGCAGACUUUCCAAAUGUGGGGAAAGAAGACCUUAGUCUGUGCAUGAAACACCAGGGAUGUUCUGAAGAAUCACUGAGCCAAACCUUCAUCCCUGUCCAGAGGAAAUGGGAUGUCAUCUCACUUUGUGAAAUGAGAAAGGCAGCCUUUUUGAGGCCCCCUGAUGGACUUACAGGUGUAAGAGCCUAUGACACAUCUUGCACUGAACUCUAGGCAUGGAAGAUUGCUGAAAAACCUAUUCUAAUCCAUCAUCGCCUGCAUUUUCAAGUCUUGUUUUACUGGAUUUAUAACCUCAAAGGGAACUGAGAACUAACAGGAACAACACCCUGCACCAUUUUCAUGCUUCCAGCACAGCUGACCCAUUCUUGGGUAUCUCCAGAGUAAAAGUGUGAGGACUCCUUGUCUAUCCAAAGAGCAGUAUGAACCACCAGCCCAGCAUCAGUUUUUCCUUGACUGCCAGGACAGGAGGGCAUUAUUACCUACUAUUUAAUUUCAAGUACAAAAGGCAAAGGAAGGAAAGGGUUAGUGAAAUGGCCUAUUUUAAUUUUCAGUAGCUCUCUAAACAUCCCUAAGGAUUUUCUUACCUCCCAUUAAAAUUUUAACUAAAAACCAAUGAUUGUAAGGAAUCCAGCAGUGAUACAGGCAAAGAAAAGUAGACUGUUAAAUACUUUUGCUGCAAUAAAUCUCCAGGCACUUGAAAGCCGGUAGGGCAUGGGGUGGAGAAAGGGUGGAUGAAACAUGAGCUGCAUAUUUUAGUAGGAUGACUAAAAAGUCCUGUAUCAGGACUCAGCAAAUACAAGGUGUAUGAUUUCUAAAGUGUUUUAUUGCUCCAUUCUUGCAAGUUGUACUUUUGUCACUGUUCCUGUCUAUAUGAAAACAAAAAACCUUCCCAGUUCCUGCAGAGCCCUGCUUACUCUGCCCUCAUCUUUCCCUCUAAGCUUGUUAAAUAAACUGCUCAGCUGAAUAACUAGAGAUAUUCCCCUACUCUUUUCUCCCAACCCAGAAGUCUUUUCCUCUCCAGCAUUUUUUUCAGUGCUCUUUUUCAUUCUCUCUGCUGACUCCAUUUGCUUAUGAAGAUGAGGGGUCCAAAGCCACCUGAGAACCAGAUCUGCCCACAUUCCUGCAUUCAAGGCUGAGUGUUUGCUUUCUUUUUUCUCUUUUCAUUGAAAAAUGGUCUCCACUUAAAAGAAGUAUAAAUGAAUCUGAGUAGAUAAAAAUGAGUUUGCACAAUGUGUGUGCCCACAAACCUAAAACAGUUUUAGGGGGGCUUAGGGAAAUCUCUAAUGUAGAAGUCAUAGAUGUGCAACAGAUACCCCCUUUCCCAAGCAUUUGCAUGCAUGUGGAAGGGAUCAGGUGGAGCUCAUGGAGGUCUGAGCCUGAAGUGACUGAGUUUAGUGAAAGCCUUUCUCUUCUCAGUUGGAAAUUGAGAUAUGUGCUUUGCCUGGUUGGUUGGUUGUGCCCAUCACUAAGGCUUCAGUCAGCUGGGUGAAUGAUGCCCUUCCAGAAACUCACAGCCUGUUGCUUUUAGCUUUAGUGUAACUGAGUGACAGAACCAGGGCAAGCAGAACAUUGGCCACAAAGCAGCAGGCACAGGAAGUCAAGGAAUGAAUUAGAUUAGGAUUCUUCACUCUAUUUACCAGCCAUUUGAUUUUUCUGAAUGCCCAUUAACAAGCAGGGGGAAAGCAGCCACUACCUGGUUAGCAUAGGGCAGGCAAAAAAGAGUAACAGAUUCAGUUUUGCAAAGCACAAAUACUAUGCAUUUCCUCUUUCUCUGUGUAAGACAAUGAUGUCUGUCUUGCAUUUUCUGUUAGAGAAUAAGAAAGUACUCAACAAGCUCUUCAGUCAAAUUGCUGUGUGCAGAAGGUGCUUGCCUGCUGUAGUUACUGGGUUGCUUAUGUUUGGAAUUAAAGUGAAGUACAUUAUGACCAAGCCACCAGUAUCCACCAGUCUCUGCUAUGAGGAAGCCCUUUGCUCCUGACAGAAUGUUCCCAUCCUGGGGAUGAAAGGUUCCACUCUUCGCAGCAUUCUGCCACAUUGGAAGGCAGAUACAAGGGGCCCAUUUCCUUCCAAGAGCUGGAGAUAGAAAUUAUUUGAAUGUGAUAGAAUGGUAGAGCCAACAGUCCCAAUACUGAGAAAACCAUCAUGGGGUUUUAAUGAUCAUGAACAGGCAUCACCUCCAUUGUGUACAUCGGAUAAAAAACACCUUCAAUAUCCAUGUUCAAAGAGUGACCCCCUCCUAUGUUUGGUAAAGAUUAAUCCCCCAAUCCAAGAAAAUGAAAGGGGACUAGAAAUUCCUGAGCCUUUCCUCAAGUAUGACCUUCUGCAGACCUUCUAAGACAGAAGCAGAUUAAGAGCAUAUAACCAUGCUUCCUGGAGGCCCACGUGGUGCAGAAGGCUGUACGCAUGUGCCCGGUCCUUGUUAACACUGCAGCCUGAUCUAGGGGCUGGCUGAAGGAGAUGCCUGUUCCAGCAGCACACAGCUCUGCCUCCCUCUCUGGCUCCUAACUGCACUGGAAAGCAUGCCGGUGCCAUGGAGGCUGUGCUGUGGAGAGAGCAUAAAUUCAGGACAGUGAGGUGGUAGGUCUUGACCCUGGCAGAAGCAGGCAGAUGUGUAACAGCCUGCUUCCACAUUCAGCAUCUUCAUUUCCAAGUACCUGUUUAGGGAGGAUCUGAAGGUGCUCAGAAGCCUGCGAGUGCAAACCACAGACCGCACACACAGAUGGCAACGCUCAGCCAUAGCUCAUUUUCCAAAUGAUGCUUCCCUGGGACCACUCAGGGCUUCAGGCUUAGUCAUGACAGGGCAGCAAGGAGAAACUCAGAAAGAAAUAAAAUGCAAGCAAGGAAAGCCUGAUGCCUGUUGUAGACAGAGAGAUUAGCAAGGCCGCAAAUAAAGCAUCAAUGGGCAGCCACAUGGAAAUACCCCGUGUUUGUAACAGCAGGAGUAGGAUGGGAUUUGCCUGUGUCCAGCAUUACAGUCACUGACAUUUCCAUGUGGAGUGGCCGAGUGAAUCCUAGUAAUGGACUGACCUAUUUCAGUCACGUGGUACUGUGUCCUCCUGCCAGGUGAGACAGCAAUGCUUCCCCACUCAGGAAAAAACUAGGAGCUUCCCCCUAGGUGCUUUAUGCUCCCAGGUUCUUUAUUUCUGUAGGUGUCCCAUUCUAAACACUCUUCCUCUUCCUGCUCAUUGUCUUCAUCCCCCACACACCCCCACGCACGUGGCUCUGGAUCUCCUCAUCAUGUUCUUCUCGUUAAAAACCCCAUUGUUCAUUUGUUUGUUUGUUCUCUCUCUUUCUCUUCUCUUUUUCUCUCUCUUUCCCUCUCGUUUUUUUUUUUCCUUCUUUCUUUCUUUCUUUUUUUGUCUCCUCUGUUUUGUGU